AUGCGCUUUUACGCCUCGUUUUCGCUGGCCGUUGGGCUUGUGGCUGCUAGCCCUUGCAAGCCACCAUCUUCGAAGGUUAUCUCAUCAUCCGUUACCGCCGACGUCUCCAGCACCAUUAUCGAGUUUGCUUCUUCCACCGAGACCGAUGUAGCUGAAACCUCGACCUCGGCCGAAUCCUCCGUAGCCGAGACUUCGACUGCAACUGGCUCAACGAGCACCGACUACACCGAAGUCAGCGUCUCAACAACGUUUGUCGAGCCAACUUCCACGGCUACAACAUCCGACGCCGCUACCUCAAUCGAUACAACUACAGCCCUCACAACAGAGGCUUCAUCGGUCGAAACAACUACAGCUGUCGCAACCACCACCACUUCCGAGGCAGUUCCAACAGGUUUCUUCCUCGCCGCGGGUGACGGCCCAGCUCUCGGAGACAAAGUCAAGUCCAACGGCGACAGUUUCACUCCCAUGGUCUUCGGCGACCGUGGCUCGACUUCCAUCCCCGUCCGCUUCCUAGUUGACGAGAUGACCGGAGAGCUCCAGCAGGAUGGCGUGACCGUCUGUGCAUUCUAUCAAGUCGGAUUACCUUAUGCCAAGAUCACGCGGUGCGAAACCGACAGUAUCUACUACGGUAGUGUCCCUCUCACCUGUGCAUCAUUUGGCGGUCCUGGCACCUCUGUCAGAUGCAGUGCUGUGAAAUUGGACUGUCAGACAACUGGACCGGGCUCCUCUCAGGCGUGUACAAGAUCACAGGAUACCGAUUGGGACACGUUCUAUAUCGCUUCCAGUGAUGAUUAUGUCUGGUAUCUUAGUUCGGCGACGUUGCAGAAUGACUUCAUGACCAGGGUUGAGGUGUUUGUUGAUCAUGCUCCGGUAGAUACAUGA